AUGGCCUGCAACGUUUAUACGGCACUAAUAUCGGGAUUGGGUUUUGGUUGUGUCGAUAUUGCUCUUACUCUUCUAUUUAUUUACUUUCACUCUGAGGAGCCAAGUUUUGAAGAGUUUAAAAACCAAUUUAGAUUUUACUCAUUUUUCUCCUCAACAGUCGAAUUCUUGGGUUUAGCGGUUGUUCGUCUUGUAUUUCUUUUGUUGGGUCCAAUUGAUCUGUUAUUCCAAGCACAACCGCAGUUUAUUAUGUCAAAAACUUGUCGUCUAGUUUACUCAACGGCACUACUGCUUUUUGCGUAUUCUCCAACGAAGCUGUUAGCCUUGACUGAAGAUAGAUCAGUGCUUCCUGUCGGUGAUUACUUUAUCAUUAUCUGGAAUUUUAUUGCAUCAUUUGUUAGUGAUCGCUACGAAACACUUGUGGAGGAGUCGAUUGAAGACGAACAGUCGUCUGAGGAAGGGUUAAAACCAAAAGAGACAUUUGAGCUGAUAUUUCGGUUGCUGCAGUAUUGUGCCAAAGAAUGGCUUUGGCAUUUGUCGGGCUUUACAUGGCUUUUCAUCUACUCUAUUACACGAAUAUUUGUGCCAUAUUUUACUGGCGAUGUUGUCGCUGCUGUUGUUCGAGCCAAGGCCAGCAUCAAAACGAUGACUAUAAUAUCAUUUACCUCUAGGGCAAUAUCUGGAGGUUUUCGUGGUGGAUCCUUUGAAUAUGCGUACGCACGAAUAAGUCGCGCUAUUCGUCGAGAUUUAUUCGAUUCGCUUGUCAGGCAGGACGUUGCUUUCUACGAUGCACAUAAAACAGGCGAAGUUACGUCCCGGUUAACAGCUGAUUGCCAAACGAUGUCAGACACAGUUGCGAUGAAUGUGAACGUUUUUUUAAGAAACAUCCUUAUGUUGGGCGGUUCCAUGUUAUUCAUGAUGGUACUUUCUUGGCGUCUAUCAUUAGUAACUUUUAUUGUUGUGCCAAUCAUUUUUGUCGCUUCCAAAAUCUUUGGCACCUAUUACGAUGCUUUAUCGGAAAGGACACAAGAAAAAGUGGCUCAUGCGAACGAUGUGGCAGAAGAGGUACUUAGUACCAUGCGAACUGUUCGUUCCUUUGCUUGUGAAAACUUUGAAGCUGAUAGAUAUUACCUGCAAUUAACGGAAAUCCUCAAUAUAACAAAGCUGAAAGCUGUUGCAUACAUUGGAUUUAUUUGGGUGAACGAGCUUUUCCAAGCAAUAAUUAUCAUUGCUGUCCUCUGGUAUGGUGGUCAUCUUGUUUUAACAAAUAAGCUGAAAGCUGACCUGUUAGUUUCCUUUCUCUUGUAUCAAAUGCAGCUUGGAGAGAAUCUUCGGCAAAUGGGUGAAGUUUGGACAGGUUUAAUGCAAAGUGUUGGUGCAUCUCGGAAAGUGUUUGAAUACAUCGAUCGAGAACCCGAAUUAUCCACUGAUGGUAACUACAUUGAUGAACGUAUUAGUGGUCGCAUUGAAUUCCGUAAUGUUAACUUCAGCUAUCCAACACGCCCGAACAUUACAGUCUUAAAGAAUCUGAGCUUUACUGUUGAGCCAGGCCAAACUGUGGCCCUUGUUGGACCUUCUGGUAGCGGGAAAUCUUCUUGUAUUGCGCUUCUCGAACACUUUUAUUCAGUAAAUGAGGGCGACGUGCUGGUUGACGGGAUUCCGAUUGAAGACUAUGAUCACUACUUUAUUCACCAAAAGAUUGCUUUGGUUGGUCAAGAACCAGUGUUGUUCGCUAGAUCAGUGUCAGAAAAUAUUGCUUACGGCCUUACCCAAGUAGUACAUCAGGACAUAAUCAAUGCUGCACAAAUGGCGAAUGCACAUAAAUUUAUUAUGGAUAAUGUUGAGGGUUACAGUCGAAAUGUUGGCGAGCAAGGGAGUCAAAUGUCAGGCGGGCAAAAACAAAGAAUAGCAAUUGCUCGAGCCAUGGUACGUAAACCAGUGAUUCUUUUGCUUGAUGAAGCUACUUCAGCACUGGAUACUGAAAGCGAAGCACAAGUUCAAGAAGCAAUUUACAAAAAUUUACAAGGGAAAUCAGUUCUGUUAGUGGCGCACCGAUUAACCACUGUAGAAAAGGCAGACAAAAUUGUCGUUAUUAAUAAAGGUCGCGUUGAGCAACAAGGAACUCAUGCUGAACUACUCAGUCAGUCCGGUCUCUACGCUACACUUGUCAAAAGACAGCUCUUACAGAAUGGUGAAAAAGAUGAGAAGAAUGUAAAAGCGAAAAGAGACGGAUCUAGAACAAGUUCAUCACCUCGAAGUCAUAGUAUGGCGAGAAGCCUUUUGGCGACUUCAUUUACUCCAUCAACCUCUAGCCUGCAGUCCAAGUAG